AAGUUACUUGAUAUCAGCAUGGCACGGGCACACUCAGUGCAGGACCUGGGUGGAAUGGACAGGAGAGCACCCAUGUGGAGCAGGGGCAUCACUGAGGUGGCAGAAACUUGGGCUGGGUGACAGAGCGGCCCUGGGAAUGCCCAGCCAGAACAGCUUCCAGAAUCUCCCAGCUGCCUCAGAGGCCUGGGUCCCCACCCUUUGGGCUGUUGGGCCCAGGGACUUACGGAGAGGUGACCCAGAGGGAACAAUCAGAACUUGCUUGGUAGGCAAAGGAAACAACCCCAACAAAGGAAUCGAUCCCCUUCCCCUGGGGACAGUGCCUGGUGAGCUGUCCAGUGCAGGGCGGUCUGGCAGGCCAUCAGCCAUCCUUGUUCUCCGCACAGCAGCCAAGUCUGCCAGGAGCUGGAGCAGGAAGGAAAAAAAAGGGGGACCUGGGGUUCUGUGGACAUCCCUGUGGCAUGCCCAGAGCUGACUGGGGGCCUGGUGAGGCCCUGGGAAACCACAGCCCAGGGCUCUGGGCUUGGAAUGGUGUGGGCAGGGUGUCACCUCACCAGGGGCUGCAGAGGGACCGGCUGGUGAGUGUUGAGUCCUUGUCCCUAACCCUGGACGCCGGCCCCACAGGCCAACCAUGCGAGUGGCACUCCAUCGAUGGCAGCAUCGUGCUGCCUGUGGCCUCAGGCUCCCCCAAGGCACUAGCCCUGGAGCACGCUCUGUGCCUCACAGGGGACGGCCUGGCCUACCUGCAGGCCACCAACCCCCAGCAGCUGCUGCACCUCAUCCCCCACGUGCAGGUGUUUGCCCGGGUGGCCCCCAAGCAGAAGGAGUUCGUCAUCACCAGCCUGAAGGAGCUGGGCUACGUGACCCUCAUGUGCGGGGACGGCACCAACGAUGUAGGCGCCCUGAAGCACGCUGACGUGGGUGUGGCGCUCCUGGCCAAUGCCCCCGAGCGGGUAGUCGAGCGGCGACGGCGGCCAAGGGACAGCCCCACCCUGAGCAACAGUGUCAUCAGAGCCACCUCCAGGGCCAAGCACAGGCUGGGGGUCCUGCCCCAUGAAGAGCAGCCAGCCUCCCAGAGGGUGAGUGCCAGGAGAACAGACACUGGCAGCCCCCGCCGGCCAGGGCUGACCUGUGGUCCCCCACAGGACCGCUUGAGCCAGGUGCUGCGGGACCUUGAGGAUGAGAGCACGCCCAUCGUGAAGCUGGGGGACGCCAGCAUCGCAGCACCCUUCACCUCCAAGCUCUCAUCCAUCCAGUGCAUCUGCCACGUGAUCAAGCAGGGCCGCUGCACACUGGUGACCACGCUGCAGAUGUUCAAGAUACUAGCGCUCAACGCCCUCAUCCUGGCCUACAGCCAGAGUGUCCUCUACCUGGAGGGGGUCAAGUUCAGCGACUUCCAGGCUACCCUACAGGGGCUGCUGCUGGCCGGCUGCUUCCUUUUCAUCUCCCGUUCCAAGCCCCUCAAGACCCUCUCCCGGGAGCGGCCCCUGCCCAACAUCUUCAACCUGUACACCGUCCUCACGGUGAUGGUGCAGUUCCUGGUGCACUUCCUGAGUCUCGUCUACCUGUACAGCGAGGCCCAGGCCCGCAGCCCUGACAAGCAGGAGCAGUUCGUGGACCUGUACAAGGAGUUCGAGCCGAGCCUGGUCAACAGCACUGUGUACGUCAUGGCUAUGGCCAUGCAGGUGGCCACAUUUGCUAUCAACUACAAGGGCCCGCCCUUCAUGGAGAGCCUGCCCGACAACAAGCCCCUGCUGUGGAGUCUGGCCGUGUCACUCCUGGCCAUCGUCGGCCUGCUCCUCGGCUCCUCACCAGACUUCAACAGCCAGUUUGGCCUUGUGGACAUCCCCGUGGAGUUUAAGCUGGUCAUCGCCCAGGUCCUGGUCCUGGACUUCUGCCUGGCACUCCUGGCCGACCGUGUCCUACAGUUCUUCCUGGGGACCCCAAAGCUGAAAGUGCCUUCCUGAGGUGGUGGUGCUGGAACCCACCGCCCACCCUGGCUGCUGCCGGGCAGGAGCCCCACCAGGGCCCCAGGAGGGAAUGCUGCCUGCCACCCAACCCCUGUGGUGAGGCUCCCCAGUGUUGCCCUUGGAAGACUGAGCUGGGACCCCAGCGGGCAUGCAGCCCCGGGCCGGCACCUUUGGUAAAUAAAACAGAGUCUGAGAUUUU